AUGACGGCCAUGGAACAGCAACAAGACGACUUCUCCAACGUCUCGUGGAGCGAACACGUCCACGACCAGACAUCCCGCACUGUUCCUCCCGCUGAAGAACCAGGCCAUGAUAUGAAUGCGCCCGGGACAGGUCUGGAGAUAGAUGCCCCGUCGCUGGGGAAUGAGGUCCUGGAGUGUACUGUUGGGACGCCCAUCAAGGAAAAUGACGGCACCAAGGAUGCUUUUGUCUCGUAUCUCAUCACCACUCACUCGACAUUCUCUGCCUUCCAGCGCUCGACUACAACCGUCCGCCGCCGCUUCACAGACUUCGUAUUCCUCUACAAACAGCUCACCCGCGACUAUCCCGCCGCUGCCGUGCCCCCUCUGCCCGACAAGCAGCGCAUGGAAUAUGUCCGCGGCGACCGCUUCGGCUCUGACUUUACCAUCCGCCGCGCCCACUCCCUCCAGCGCUUCCUGAAUCGACUGUCUCUCCAUCCUACACUGCGCCGCGCUCCGAUCCUGCAUACGUUCCUCGAGAGCCCGGACUGGAAUGCUACCAUGCGCAGUCGUGGUGCGCGAGCGAGCUCUGCGAGUGAUCCUGGAUCUGCGGGGGUGUUUGAUAACUUUGCCGAUACAUUCAUCAAUGCUUUUACAAAGCUGCAUCGCCCGGAUCGUCGGUUCCUUGAGGUCAAGGAGAAGAGCGAUAAGCUUGAUGAUGACCUUGGACAUAUCGAGAAGGUUAUUGCCAGGGUUGCUAGGCGAGAGACGGAUUUGGAGGUGGACUUGCGAGAUCUUGCAGAGCAGUUUCAGAAGCUCAUCCCGCUUGAACCCCAUGUCGAACCCGCAGUUCACGGUUUCUCUGCUUCCAUCGAAGACACAGCGACUCACCUACGGAAACUCAAAGACGUCACCGACCAAGAUUACCUGGGCUCCCUCCGCGACAUGCAAGCUUACUCCAUCGCCCUUAAGAACCUCCUCAAAGCCCGCGAGCAGAAACAGCUUGACUACGAACAACUCACCGAAUAUCUCAACAAAUCCACCACUGAGCGCGACACUCUCCAGUCCGGACAUCACGGCGGCUCCGGCGCCGGAAGUUUUCUACGCGCCAAGAUCGAAGACGUGCGCGGCGUAGACCACGAACAGGCUCGUCGCGAGCGCACACGCAAGUUGGAACUCCGCGUUGAAGAGCUGACCCACGAGGUUGAGAGCGCUCGCAAGACAAGCGACAUGUUUGACGAUGAGGUUGUCAAGGAGGUUGCUGACUUUGAGCGCAUCAAGAGGAUCGAGAUGAAGAGUCAGCUGGGAGGUCUUGCGGAUGCGCAUAUUGAGUUCUAUGGCGAGGUUGCUAGCAUUUGGGAAAAGUACGUCCAGGAGAUGGAAAAGGAGGGUAUCGUGAAUGCGUAG